CAAGGCGUGGUUGGAGUCCAAGAAAAUGAGGCAAUGGGCCCAUUCCUCGUGCAACUUGACUUUACCAACGGUGGGAGGCCAAGCUUUCGAUUUAAAGCAUUCUCUCUCUCUCGACUGACUCCCCUUUUCAUCUCUCAUAUCCAAAACGCCUUAUCACUCCUCCUCACUCCACUCCUGUCGGAUUCUCUCUUUUUGACCACCCCAUCUCUCUCUCUCAUACCUGUUUUUCUCCCCCCUCGAGCCCCACCUCUUUAUUCUCAUCUCCUCCCUCUUUCUCUCUCUACUUAUUUAAAAACUCUCUCUCUCCUUCACUAGCUUUUCCUCCCUUAAGUUGGACCUCAUCUCCCUGUACGAGAUUUCCCUCGCUUCAUUCACCUGGUAGCUUCCCUUUAGCAGAGUAGAGUUGUCUAGGCUCUCGUUCCAUUCUUCUCUCUCUAAAAAUCCUCAAGUUUUUCUCUCUCUAAAACACCGAUGCCAAAAAACGAGCCAUGAUCUCUACACUCUCGUCUUCAAUGGACUUGGACGGAAAACUUAGAGCUCUUGUUGUCCUUAUUUUCUUCCUCGUUUUAUUGCCUUCUGUUCGACAUGUCGAUAGCUCGGAUGGCGAAAAGACCGAUUUCGAGGCCCUCCUGAUGUUCAAGAAGGCUGUCGAGAAGGACAAAAAGGGAAUUUUGCACGGGUGGGUACCCAACAAAGGCCAAUGCAACUGGUAUGGAGUUUCUUGCACUUCACAGAGAGUAACAAAACUUGACCUGAGCCAAGCUGAACUUUCUGGUUCUCUUCCUUUAACCACCUUGGCUUCGAUGGACUCCCUACUUGUCCUUAAUCUCUCUUUCAAUUCCUUCUUUCUUAAUGCCUCUUCUCUCGUUCAAUUGCCACCAAGUUUGCAGUACCUUGAUUUAUCUUUCAAUGGAAUCUUUGGCUCUGUUCCUGAGGGCCUGUUCUUGAAUAACCCGAACCUCAUCUCCCUGCAACUCCCUCAUAACAACCUCUCUGGAUCCUUGCCUGAGAAUCUCUUGGCUAAGGGAAUUUCGGACAAUCUUCAGUUUCUCGACCUCUCUUACAACAAUAUCUCAGGGCCCAUUUGGUCAGAGAACUCUUGUAAUGCCCUUUUGUAUCUUGACUUGUCGAAAAACACUCUUUCCGGUGAGAUUCCAUCGAGUUUAUCAGAUUGUUAUAACCUCAACACCUUGAAUCUCUCCUUUAAUGGAUUAUCCGGGGGAAUCCCCGUCUCCUUCAAGGGCUUCACGAAACUGCAGAGUCUUGAUCUCUCUCAAAACCAUUUGAAUGGGAUCAUACCCCAAGAGCUCGCCAAUAGCUGUGAAACUCUACAGCAAUUGAGGCUCUCUUCUAACAAUAUCUCUGGCUCGUUUCCUCUUUCAUUUUCUCCGUGCUCUUCUCUGAAACUCCUUGAUCUCUCCAACAACAACAUAUCCGGACCUUUUGAUGACUCCAUUGCUGGAAACUUGCAAGCCUUAGAGACCCUUCUCAUGAGCAAUAACUUCGUUUCAGGUGAAAUUCCAGCCUCCAUUUCCAACUGCAAAAACCUCAAAGUUAUGGACUUCAGCUCCAAUAAGCUUUCUGGCCAUAUCCCUGAAAACCUUUGCCCUGGUCUUGCUUUGUUAGAGGAGCUCAGGUUGCCGGAUAAUUUGCUUUCUGGUGGAAUUCCACCGAGUCUUGCUCAAUGUCCUAAUCUUAAAACCAUUGAUCUCAGUAUCAACUAUCUUAAUGGGACCAUACCUCCUGAAUUUGGUGGCCUCAAAAAUUUGGAGCACUUUAUGGCUUGGUUUAACGGCCUCUCUGGUCCACUCCCAAAAGAGCUAGGCCAUUGCAGCAAUCUAAAGACCUUGAUUUUGAACAACAAUCUCCUCUCUGGCCAAAUGCCGCCUGAAAUUUUCAAUUCUAGCAAUUUGGAGUGGAUUUCGCUCACUAGUAAUGGAAUUUCAGGCCAAAUAUCUCCGGAAUUUGGGCAACUAAAAAGGCUUGCAAUUCUCCAACUCGCUAACAAUAGCUUUAGUGGGGUUAUUCCUAAAGAGCUUGGAAAUUGCAGUAGCUUGGUUUGGCUUGAUCUUAAUAGCAACCAGCUCUCCGGCGUGAUUCCGGCCUAUCUUGGACGGAAACCAAAUGAAAAGCCAUUAAGUGGUAUUCUUUCUGGUAAUACAUUGGCCUUUGUUAGAAAUGUUGGGAAUUCAUGCAAAGGAGUUGGUGGUUUGCUUGAGUUUGCAGGAAUUAGGCCUGAGAGGCUUUUGCAGGUGCCCACUUUGAAAACCUGUGAUUUUACAAGGCUUUAUUCUGGAGCUGCUUUAAAUGAUUGGACCCAUUACCAAAGCCUAGAGUACCUUGAUCUCUCUUAUAACAAUCUCAAUGGAAGUAUACCCGAGGAAUUCGGCUCCAUGAUUGUUCUUCAAGUUCUUGGGCUCUCACACAACAAAAUCACAGGUGAAAUUCCUUCAAGUCUUGGAAAUUUGAGGUAUCUUGGGGUUUUUGACGCAUCUCAUAACCAUUUACAGGGGAGAAUACCAGAGAGUUUCUCUAACCUCACAUUCUUGGUUCAAAUUGAUCUCUCUGAUAAUGCACUAACAGGGCCGAUACCGUCAAGGGGUCAAUUGAGCACUCUGCCUGCCUCGCAAUACAGAGACAAUCCAGGCCUUUGUGGGGUGCCAUUGGCUCCUUGUCAAAGUGAUAACCCUAGUUUAAAUGGCUCUGGUAAUUACUCAGCAGAAGUUCCGGUCAAGCCCAGGCCAGCCACUUGGGCUAAUAGUAUGGUUUUGGGGAUACUUGUUUCAAUGGCUACGACCUGUGUUUUGAUUGUUUGGGCUGUUACUGUAAGGGGAAGGAGGAGAGCUGCAGCUGCUGCAAAGGCAGCCAUGAUCAAUAGCUUGCAAGCGUCUUAUGCAACGACAUGGAAGAUUGGAAAAGAGAAGGAGCCUCUCAGUAUAAAUGUGGCCACUUUUCAAAGGCCACUGAGAAAGCUCACAUUUUCUCAGCUUAUCGAGGCCACUAAUGGGUUUUGUGCGGGGAGUUUGAUAGGGUCUGGUGGUUUUGGUGAAGUGUUCAAGGCCACAUUAAAGGAUGGAUCGAGCGUUGCCAUUAAGAAGCUCAUUCGUUUGAGUUGUCAAGGCGAUCGAGAAUUCAUGGCGGAGAUGGAAACCUUGGGCAAAAUCAAGCACAGGAACUUGGUUCCACUCCUGGGUUACUGCAAAAUUGGAGAAGAAAGGCUUCUGGUUUAUGAAUACAUGGAAUUUGGCAGCCUUGAGGAAAUGCUCCAUGGUGAUAGGAACAAGCUUUUCGGAGAUAAGGCUAGUACUUCUGGCGAAAAGAAGGAGAUCCCAGGCAAUGAAAAGAUGGGUUUUCAUGGGGACAAGAAGGAGAAUUCAGGAAAUGAAAAGAUGGGCUUUCAUGGAGAAAACAAGGAGAAUGCAGGAAACGAAAAGAUGGCCUUUUACAAUGAUAAGAAGGAAAAACCAUUGAUGGCAUUUUCCAGUGAAAAGACCGGUUUUUCCAUCGAAAAGCCAACUGUGACAGGUGGGUUUUUGAGCUGGGAGCUGAGAAAGAAGAUAGCAAAAGGAGCAGCAAAGGGACUGGCUUUCCUACACCAUAACUGCAUUCCCCAUAUAAUACACAGGGACAUGAAAUCAAGCAAUGUUCUCUUAGAUUCAUUCAUGGAAGCUAGGGUUUCAGAUUUUGGCAUGGCUCGUCUGAUAAGUUGCCUUGAUACACAUUUAAGUGUGAGCACUUUAGCUGGAACUCCAGGUUAUGUUCCCCCUGAGUACUACCAAAGUUUCAGGUGCACAGCCAAAGGAGAUGUGUACUCCUUUGGAGUCGUCAUGCUUGAAAUUUUGACAGGUAAGAGGCCCACUGAUAAAGAGGAGUUUGGUGAGACCAACUUGGUGGGUUGGGUCAAGGCACACGUAGGACAAGGCAGGGGAAUGGAGGUAAUUGAUGUGAAUUUGAAAGGCAAUUAUGGGGAAAAUGAGGUCGAAAAGAUGCGCAGGUAUCUGGAUAUUUCUAUGAGGUGCGUAGAGGAUUUGCCAUCAAGGAGGCCUAAUAUGUUGGAGGUGGUGUCUUUGUUGAGGGAGAUAGAGGGAGUUCCACAACUGGGUGAGGAGGAGGAGAAGGGGGAUUCUAGGGUUUAGAUCUACUAGUGUUGAUUUUAUUGUUAUUAUUAAUGUUGUUAAUAUUAUUUUUCUCAUGGAGACAUUGUUAGUAUAAAGUGUAUUUUGAUUUUGUCUUGGUUUACUAAUGUUAGGGUUAGGGAAGUGCAA